AACAGGAGGAUAAAAAAAUAAUAGCGAAAAUGCCACUCCUGCUGCUACGGCCAAUGGCGUGCGCCACCGCCACCGCAGCGGCGGCCGCGCCGGCGCCGGUCGCGUUCCCGCGGCCCCCGCCGUCCUCGCGGCUCCGCUGCUCCCACCUCCCCUCCGCGUUCCCGCGCCUGAGGAAGUACGGGCGCCGCCACCGCGAGCCCGUGCCCGUGGCCGCCCCCACCUCCGAUGACGACGACGAGGAGGAGGACGGGGACUACGACGAGGACGAGGAAGGGAUGGAGAUGGAGGUAGACGAGGAGGAGUUCCUGGCGACGCGGCCCAAGCCGGCGGGUUUCGGCGAGGGGAAGACGUACUCCACCGACAUCGAGGAGCAGCUCCUCCGGGAGAUGGGCCUCGGCGGGGCGCGGCGCGGAGGCGACGCGGCCUCGGCUAAGCGCCGGGAAGGGAAUAGUCCCGGCAAAGAAACAGGCACAGAUCUCAAUGACAAUGGUGUUCAAGUUCGUAUUUGGAACCUCCCAAAAAAGAAAAACAUACACAAGGACCUGAAGCAAGCUUUUAAAGGGUUUCCUGGUCUUUUAUCUAUAGAUCCAGCAGUUUCAGCAAAUAAGAAAACUCGCGACCCUAUCUGUAAGGGGUUUGCUUAUCUUAAACUGGAGUCUACAGAAGCUGCAACCAGAUUCGUUGAGAUAUACUCUCGUAAACCUGUGGCAUUUGGCAAGGUUGAGAAGCCAAUCAGUUGUUGCAUUGUCGAUGGGAACAGCUCUGUUGAGCCUUCAAAUAAAGUGUCCCAUGCGAUCUCUCUACCAAGACUGAAGCGCCAAAAUUUGGUGGCGGCAAGCUGAGUAGCACAUUGAUCUGCCAUCCAGUACUCAUCCAUACUUCUAGAAGUCACAAGAUUGCUAAAGAAGCUUUGGUACGUAGAUUAGAUAGUCCUCUGUACCUGGUUAGAAUUGCUAGAAACUAAUUUGCAUGUGAAAUGCCAAGCUGACUGAAAAAUGCUCGUGUUAUAUUAUUGCAUCAACUCACCACUCAAUAAGUAUUUUGAUCAAUCAACUUAUUCAGAAGCAAUUAUUGGAACUACAGUGAUCACCAUUGAAGCCUGAAGUAUUCAGAGAUAGUGCAUCACUUAGACGAUCAAAUGGGCAGAAAAGCUUAGUUUCCUCAGAGCUAUUCUACUUGAGAGCAUUGAUGCCUUAAUCCUCAUUAGUUAUCCAUGACUACAUCAUACUACUUCCAUAUUGGUAAAGGAAGUCGUUUUGGACAAGGUUUGGGUCAAACACUGGGAAUAUAAAUCAUCAAUAACUUUUAAGUUGUUGAGUUUACAAAUGUGAAAAUUAUAUAAAUAGAUUUGUUUUGAAAAAUACUUUCAUAAAAGUUUAAGUAUAUCACUUUUCUAUAAAUAUUUUUAUAAAAAUAAAAGAUCAAAGUUAUGUUUUGGAGACCGUGUUGCUGUCCUAAACGAUUUCUUUUACCAAUACACGAUUAUUUUCACUUCAGCUCUUUUGAACCCACCUUAACGCAAUUUGGUGACCAGAACAUCACCUUUGUCACCGAUCCUUACCCUAUUGUAAAUGUAAAAUUAACCAGAAAAAAAGGAGGGUAUUCGCAAGCUUAUGCAUUUUCUGCACUUGAAGCGCAUCAGUUCUAAGGAGAAUGUCCACAAAUGAUGACAAUCCUGAAACAUUCUGCCAUUUUAACAUAUGGUGACCAUGAGCCUCCACAUCUUGAGACCACAUAUAACAAGGCAACUACUCAGUACAGCAGUGAGCAACUCAUUGAUGCUCCAGCCUCUUUAAUCUGGUCUCUUGUGAUUCAUAUUACUAAUCCGUGGCUAUGGCUUAAUCUAAUCAUAUCUUUCUUUCGUAACAUUUCACUCCACUCCCGCUCUACUGAAUUUUUUCUUUUUCUUUCAUAACAUUGCAGUCCCUUGUACUCCCGCCAUUAUGUAAUGUUUAUCCAUAGCACACAAUGUGCACUAACCAAAUACUUCUUUUGACAGACAUUAACCAAGUACAUUUUUCAAGAAAAAAAUCAAUACAAAAUGACCACCCAUCCUAUUAAAUAACAUACUGCAACCCCUUCUUUUCUUCAAUGCAUUUAAUUAGAAAUUGAGUGUGAAAAUCUUACAUUAACUAUACUUUUGAUUUGAUAUCAUCAGUUGAUGAAAAUUAUGGAAAUUAUUUUCCUUAGACCAUGGAUAAACACAGUAUAACCAAGUUAGUAUAUAUGGUGAACUUGUUAAUGGAUAAAAAAUCAUUAAAAAAAAUAGUUACGAACUACUACUGAAAUAAAGUUGAACCAUGUCAAGAAUCGCUACUAAAUUAUUACUUCACUUAACAGGAUGCAUAAAAAAACAUCACCCAUUGCAAACAUGUUUAGGGUGGACUCUAAUGACAUAGUAAUACAACCCAAUCCCUAUAUAACAUUGUAGGGAUGGAGGACUUCCAUCAGUCUAAUUCGCCACCUUCAAAACAACAAUUCAACUCAGCCAUCUUAGUUCCCAACAUCUCAAGAAAAUACAACAUGCAUAGGGCAGUUCAGGCACCAUAUUUCACACAUCUACAGAAGCUAUCCUACAACUUUGAGUGCACACUAGUCAAUGCUGUCCAUAUGGCAGAGUCCUAAAUGACACCCAUAACAAACAACAAUGCCAGACUAAAACCUACGCAACAAGUCCAGGAAAAGAUGUUACAUAAUAAAACAUUCAGAUCCAUCAUUUGGAUUUUGAUCCAUCAGCACCUUUACGGUUACCAUCGUACACAGUGACAAAGAAGGUGCUCUGAUUCUUCUGAAGAAACCUGACAGCAAAUCAGUCAAAUUGCAGUCAAGCAAACAAGUUGGCAGUUUAGCAACAUAGAAGCAUAAUACUCAAACAAGAUAGCAUACUUGAGAAUGUCCAGCAAUUUCUGCUGUAGUUUGUUCAGUGCAUCUUCUUCCAUAUUGACAAAAGCAAGUAACUCCGGCAAUUUCAC